UGAGAUGCGCGAUCGCAAAUAAUGGCCGGAGAUUUGUCACAAUAAACGACAUUACAACCACAAAAAUGACCUAAAUUUAAACUUUCAAGCAGGUGCACAUAGUAUACUAGACUGAAAGGAAAAGCAUUGAAAGAAAUGUCGCAGUCUGACACUGACAGUCAGUUGAUGGCUGCCCCACCACCAACCAUGGCAUAUCCGCCAGACAAUAUAGAUCGACUACAGAAGGCAAUCAACACGAUGGAGGAGAAAGGCCUGCAGGCGGACCCACGCUACAACCAGCUGGUGACCAUCGCUAACCGCGUGCGCACGAUCCAGGGAGGCAUGGGCGGAUCGCCGAUCCCGCACUCGCCCGGCGGCAGGAACACGCCGCAGAUGGGGCCGCCACCGAUCGGCGAGAACCUCGGCAGCCCGAUGGGUCAGCCCAGCCCGCAGGGCCUGGGAUCGCCGCUGCCGCCGUCGUCGAGCAUGCAGGGCGGGCCUGUGCCGCCGGGCGGGCAGGGCUACAUGCCGGGGGGCGUCAUGCAGAAUGCGCCGAGCGGCUACCCUCCCGGCGGCAUGCAGGGACACGGCCCCGGCAGCAUGCCGCCGCCGGACGCGGGCGCGCCGGGGUACAUGGGUCAGCCAACGCACCCAGUGCCUGUCAGCGGGCCGCCCCACAUGGCGGGGCAGAUGGCGCCGGGUGGCAACCUCGGCAUGAUGAACCAGGGCGGCGGCAAGGGGCAGUACAGCGGCCCGCCGGGCAGCUCCGCACCGCACAGCAUGGCGCAGCCGGCGCCGGGCGGUGGCGCCCCCUACUCGUCGCACCUCGCCAUGCAGCCGGGCGGCGGCGGUGGACCGCCGCCGAUGCAUCACGGCGGUAACAUGGUGGGAGCGCCGGCAGCGAUCGUGGGAGGGCACGGCGUGCCGCCACCGUCCCACAUGGGUAACCAAGGUAUGGGCAGUGAGCAAGGUUCGGGGAGUAGUGUCGUCGGGUCUUCGCAGGAUGACCAGUUUUCAGCAUCUUGGAUACCCCGGAAUGCAGCCCCCCCAGCAAGAUUCGCUGGACCGAUGCCGCCCCCUGGGCAGGACAUGUCACAGAAGCCGACUCCGUUCUCGCAGACGCAGCUGCGGCAGCUGAAGGCACAGAUCAUGGGCUACAAACUACUGGCGAGAAACAACCCGAUCCCCGAGAACCUGAUGAAGGCCAUACAGGGAAGCAUCUUCCCGCCGGGACAUCCGUUUCAUAUGCAGCAGCAGCAGCAGCAGCAGCAGCAGCAGCCUCCGCCACCGCCGCAGCACAUGGCUCCGUCGAUGCGGCCGGGAUCGCAACCUCCCUCGCAACAGCUGAUGCCUGGUCACGCGGGAGGACCGAUGUCUCCACGAGGGGCGCCACAGUUGCCGCUACCUCAAGCGGCGCAACCUGGUGGCAUGAUGCAGAAGCAGAACAAGAUCACACCGAUAGCUAAGCCUGAGGGACUGGACCCGGUGCAGAUCCUUCAGGAGCGUGAAAACAGGAUCGCGUCGCGGAUUGCACACCGCAUUCAGGAGCUGCAGAGGUUGCCAGGCACGCUGGCUGAUGACCUGCGCAUCAAAGCACAGAUUGAGCUCCGAGCUCUCAGACUCAUCAACUUCCAGCGGCAGGUGCGUACGGAGGUGGUCGCGUGCAUGCGGCGCGACACGACGCUCGAGACGGCUCUCAACCUGAAGGCGUACAAGCGCAGCAAGCGGCAGGGCCUGCGCGAGGCGCGCAUCACGGAGAAGCUCGAGAAGCAGCAGAAGCUGGAGGCCGAGCGCAAGCGCCGGCAGAAGCACCAGGAGUAUCUGAACGCGAUUCUGGCCCACGGCAAGGAGUUCAAGGAAUUCCACAGGAACGUCGCGUCAAAGGUCAGCAAGGUGAACAAGGCAGUGGUGACGUGGCACGCAAACACCGAGCGCGAGCUGAAGAAGGAGCAGGAGAGGAUCGAGAAGGAGCGCAUGCGCAGGCUCAUGGCUGAGGAUGAGGAGGGAUACAGAAAGCUGAUCGAUCAGAAGAAGGACAAGCGUCUGGCCUACCUGCUGCAGCAGACGGACGAGUACAUCGAAAGUCUCACCAAGAUGGUGCAGGAGCACCAACUCGCGCAGAAGAAACGCAAGAAGAAGAAGAAGAAGAAGCCAACCGAGGGAGAGGAAGGAGAAAAGCCAGAAGGAGAACAAGUGGUAACAGUUCCUAAGGAUGAAAUCGCCGACGAGAGUUCGCAGACGAGCGAUGAUCCGGUGUGCGUGAUACACAUGAAGACGGGAAAGAUCCUGCAGGGCGAGGGCGCGCCGCGCGCGUGCCAUCUCGACACCUGGCUCGAGACUAAUCCCGGCUACCAGGUGUUGCCACGCCGCGCUGACGGCAGCGACGACGAAGACUACGACGAAGAGUCGGGCGAGGAAGAAGAAGAAGAGGAGGAGGUAGCAGGAGUGGCUCCUCCAAAAUCAGAAGCUUCACAGGAAAAGGCUACGCCUAUCUUCUUGCCUGAUGAUGAAACCGUCAAGGCUGUACUGAAGAAGGCAUCUGUUGGGGAAGACGAUGAGUAUACGGCGAAACCGACGAGUGCCGGUGGACAGUCUUACUACGCGAUGGCGCACUUGGUGCAUGAGCCGGUUGAGAAACAAGCAACCAUCAUGGUCAACGGCGCACUGAAGGAAUAUCAGGUUAAAGGCUUGGAGUGGCUAGUGUCUCUCUACAACAACAACCUGAAUGGCAUUUUGGCCGAUGAGAUGGGCCUGGGGAAGACUAUACAGACCAUUUCGCUAGUCACGUAUCUGAUGGAGACGAAGAAAGUGAAUGGACCCUUCUUGAUCAUCGUACCCUUGUCAACGCUGUCCAAUUGGAUGUUGGAGUUUGACAAGUGGGCGCCAUCUGUCAUCAAGAUUCCGUACAAGGGGUCACCGGCGCACCGCAAGACGCUGGCGCCUCAGCUGCGACACUCCAAGAUCAACGUGAUGCUGACCACAUACGAGUACAUCAUCAAGGACAAGGCCGUGCUGGCCAAGAUUCGGUGGAAGUAUAUGAUCAUAGAUGAAGGCCAUCGUAUGAAGAACCAUCACUGCAAGCUCACGCAGAUUCUCAACACCUACUACAUCGCUCCGCACAGACUGCUACUGACUGGUACUCCCCUGCAGAACAAGCUGCCGGAACUGUGGGCCUUGCUGAACUUCUUGCUUCCAUCGAUCUUCAAGUGCGUGAGCACAUUUGAGCAGUGGUUCAACACUCCCUUUGCGAUGACUGGAGAGAAGGUGGAGUUGAACGAUGAAGAGACCAUCCUUAUCAUUCGACGUCUGCACAAGGUUCUGCGUCCGUUCCUUCUUCGUCGUCUCAAGAAGGAAGUGGAAUCGCAGUUGCCCGAAAAGGUGGAGUACGUGGUUAAAUGUGACAUGUCAGCCGUGCAAAGACUCCUCUACCGCCACAUGCAGAACAAGGGUGUGCUGCUCACUGACGGAUCGGAGAAGGGAAAGCAGGGACGGGGAGGCACAAAGACGCUCAUGAACACGAUCAUGCAGCUGAGAAAGAUCUGCAACCACCCGUUCAUGUUCCAACACAUCGAGGAAUCGUAUGCUGAAUGCCAUGGAUACGCCGGCUCCACUGUCACAGGUCGGGAUUUAUAUCGUGCUUCGGGGAAAUUUGAGCUGCUUGACCGGAUUCUACCGAAACUCAAAGUGACGGGCCACAAAGUACUACUGUUCUGUCAGAUGACCACCCUCAUGACUAUUCUAGAGGAUUUCCUAUGCUUCCGAGGCUUCAGCUACUUGCGUCUCGACGGCACGACAAAGUCGGACGACCGCGGCUUGCUGCUGGAGAAGUUUAACGACCCCUCGCUCGAACUGUUCUGCUUCCUGCUGUCGACACGUGCAGGAGGUCUCGGCCUCAACCUACAGACCGCCGACACUGUCAUCAUCUUCGACUCCGACUGGAAUCCUCAUCAGGACCUGCAAGCGUCGGACCGCGCGCAUCGCAUCGGUCAGCAGAACGAGGUGCGCGUCCUGCGUCUGAUGACGGUCAACUCGAUCGAGGAGAAGAUUCUCGCCGCCGCCAAGUACAAGCUGAACGUCGACGAGAAGGUCAUCCAGGCGGGCAUGUUCGACCAGAAGUCGACCGGCUCCGAGCGGCGGCAGUUCCUGCAUGCCGUGCUCAAGAACCAGCAGGAGGGCGACGACGACGAGGAUGAGAUUCCGGACGAUGAGACAGUCAAUCAGAUGAUCGCACGCACGGAGGACGAGUUUGAUCUCUUCCAGCGGCUCGACCUGGAGCGGCGGCGCGAGGCGGCACGUGAUCCGAACCGAAAACCCAGGCUGAUAGAGGAGAACGAGCUUCCUAGCUGGCUUCUGAAGGAUGAAGCCGAGGUGGAGAGACUCACCUACGAGGAGGAGGAAGAUAAAUUGUUUGGCCGCGGCACCCGCGCGCGUAAGGAGGUCGAUUACUCAGACACGCUCACCGAGAAGGAAUGGCUGAAGGCGAUCGAGGACGGCACGCUCGACGAACUCGAGGACAAGAAGAAGUCGAGCAAGAAGAGUCGCAAGCGCAAGCGCGAGCGCGACGAGGAGAAGCCCGGCAAAAGCAGCCCGACGGACUCGAAGAAGAAGCGCGGUCGUCCGCGCGUCGAGCGCGCCGAGAACCCGCCGACGCUCACGCGCAAGAUGAUGAAGCUGCUCAACGUCGUCAUCUACUACAAGGACAGCGAUGACCGCGUGCUGAGUGGUGUUUUCAUGAAGCUGCCAAGCAGGAAGGAGCUGCCAGACUACUACGACGUCAUCAAGAAACCCGUCGACUUUGCAAAAAUCAAGGCGCGCAUCCGGGAGCAUCGUUACCGCAUCAUUGACGAGCUGGAAAGCGACGUGAUGCAGCUGUGUCGCAAUGCGCAGACGUACAACGUCGACGGAUCAAUGAUCUACGAGGAUUCGAUCGUGCUCCAGUCGGUGUUCACGAACGCGCGAGAGAGGCUGGAGAAGGACGGAGACCUUCCCUCGCCGUUCGCGGAGGAGAUGAGCGACGACGACGACGGCACGCGGCUCGACGACGACGACGAUGACGACGACGACAAUGAUGACGACGAUGACGACGAUGACGAUGAUGACGACGACGCCGCGGUGAAGGCCAAGCAGAAGGCGGCGAGGGAGAAAAAGGCAGGUUGGAAAUGCUGAGAAGUCGUCCAAGAAGAAGAAGAAGGCGAAAAUUAUCAGCGACGACGAGGAAGAUGAAGAGGAUGAAGAAGAUUAAUGUGGCGGCUUCGUGUAGGCAAUUACGGAUGUAGCCUCCCCGCCCUUACCACCCCGGAGCCGGAGGAUUGCAGGUGUUUUCCGGAAUGCGCUGCAGAGAAGUCCUUGCCGUGUACGUAUGCGCACUGAGGCACUGCAAUAUCUGUCAGACAUUUAUCGGUGAGACAAAUGUCAGGUUGACAAGUGUUACCUGAAAGGGUGGAGAGGCUGUUAUUUACAUUGCGCAUGUGUGCGCGUGUGGGUGGUUGUGGCGCCACAGAAAUGUAUGCGUUAUGUUAAUAAUGCGGGCUGUAUUCAAGUGUAUCUGUUAUCAUCGAAUAAUCCCUACCACCAUGUAUAAUUUCCCUAUCAGAAUUCAUCAUGUUGCGUGUGUGCGUGCUAUAGUGACGUGUCUGUGUUCAGCUAUCGAUAUUUAUUCUUCGUAUUAGGAGUUAUAUGAUGUACUAUUUUACUCCCGUUCACAUUAACGCUAGGCGUCUCUGCACCCAGUGUUAUCUCUUGCUUGGUAUCAUUGCAAAGCUGUGGCUUUCGCGCUGGUCUUGGUGUGUUUGCACGUGAUGACGUAAUAAUCAUGGCGUGGUCAACGUUUGGACGUUGUCUGCUAGGGAGUUGUGGUGCUGUUUCAUGCUUGGCAUUCACUAGAAGGUGAAAGUGAGUGUGGUGUGCCAUAUUGUGUGGAUAGCAGGUCACCAAGUCAAAUUGUCACGAUUCCUUGUGUAUGCGGUUCUUUAGCAUAUACGAGCAGGCUGUUAUAAGUGUGCUAGUUGGCCUCGCACUUGCACGGUGUACAUUUAUCCUUUUAGUCAGUAUUCUAAUGGUUGUAGCAGGCAGUAUGAAUGCAAUGGGCACAUGGGAAUGGUUAUCUCCCCGAACGGCAAAGCUAUAUCUAAACCAGUAUGUUCUGAUGUUCCUCUGCUCUUAGUACUACACUAAGUGAGAUGUGAUACAUGGUUUAUGUGUAUGUCACAUAGGUUACACCGACUGCACAAAUUCUAUCCUCGCUGUAGUGAUUAUUAAGCACUAUAGAUGAAUUUAUGUCGUUAUUAACGAUAGUUUGGCAAUAAGUGCCAAUGUAGUAAUCCCACGUACCCGUACAUGCUUUGUUUGUUGUAACGGUUGAAUUGAACACAAUGAAUUGGUUCAGGACAACAGUUGUUCCGUAACUACGUAUGUUCGUCACCAGCUGUGUGUGUACUUGUGAUCCUUUAUUUACACCUGUAAAGAAUGUGCCACUCCAAAAUGAUCCAGUUGAAGAAAAAGUCUGCAUACAAUCGGAGUAAUUUGGUCUUACAAGAGGAAAUUGUUUUAAUCUCGAAUUGCAACCAGCAACAACAACAGGAUAUUGGAAUUUUCGAUAAUUUGAAUGAUCCCUUCAGGUUGUAAUCAAUUGAUCUUUUUUUAUGGAUUUAGUUGGAUUUUGACAAAAAAUGAAAUAUAUAACUGUAAUUUAUUUGACUAACUUCAAUAAAUCAGAUGGCACCUGA